ACAACUAUUUUUAAUCAAUUAUUAUCCCAGCAAACAAACAGGCUGUAAAAGAUGUUUGGGACAUAUUUAUCCUUCCAUUCAACACUUUCUCUAUGUUUAUGUCCCAAUUUCUGAAUACUCAGAAUUCUGUUCAUUGUUGAUCUGCAUUCAAAUCAUGGAGUAUCCUAAUACUGUACAGGAUAGAGAUGAGAAAUUCUUGACAAAAGCAAUAGAGGAAGCUUACAAGGGGGUGGAAUGUGGACAUGGGCGCCCCUUUGGUGCUGUUAUUGUUUGUAACGACGAAGUAGUGGUCAGCUGUCACAACAUGGUGUCGAAAAACAAAGACCCAACUGCACACGCAGAGACCACGGCUAUAAGAGAGGCAUGUAAUAAGCUUGAUCGAAUUGAGCUGUCAGAUUGUGAAAUGUAUGCAUCUUGUGAGCCAUGUUCAAUGUGCUUUGGCGCUAUACAACUUUCGAGAAUUAAGAGGUUAAUGUAUGGUGCUAAGGCUGAAGCUUCGAUAGCAAAGGGCUAUAAAGCUUCCAUUUCUAAUGCAUUGAGGGGCACUGGAGUUUAUCAAACGACGACUGACAUCGAGAUCAAACAAGCUGAUGGCAAUCUAGCCAUCAUUGCUGAACAAGUAUUUGAGAAAUUUCCUAAAUCCAGUGCUUAAUAAUAAGUACAGCAGUCAGUCAAUUUUCGAAUUUUGUAAAAUGACUCCAUUUCUCCACCAAUGUGGGGAUUAAGAACUUUUAUUAUCUUCAAUGAAGAUGUUCAUGAAUUA